AUGCAUGCAAGCUCGCAGAAUCACAAUUAUCAUCAAAUCGAUGAAUACAUCCGAUCAGAGAUGAAAAAACAAAAGAUUCCGGGUCUUUCUAUGGCUAUCAUAAAGAAUAAUCAGAUGGUCUAUGGACAAGGUUAUGGUUAUUCCAAUCUUGAACAUCAAAUACCUGCGAAACUCGAAACCGUCUAUCAAUCAGGUUCUAUGGGAAAGCAGUUCACUGCACUGGCUGUUAUGAUCCUCGUUGAGAGAGGACUAAUUAACUUAGAUACAAGGGUUAAAGAAUAUCUUCAUGAUGCACCGAAAGCAUGGAAAAAUAUCACUGUUCGACAUUUGUUAACACAUACUGCUGGUACAACAGAUUAUCCUUCGGAUUUCGAUUAUCAGCAAGACAAUGACGAAGAUACGAUGUGGAAGAUGAUCAAAAAGAUACCUCUUGAUUUCCAACCUGGUGAACAAUACUCGUACAGUAAUCUUGGAUAUGUUACGUUAGGAAUACUGAUUGGUCGUGUCACUGGUGAAUUCUAUGGUGAUUUUCUUCAGAAGAAUAUUUUCCAACCACUCGGUAUGAAAACAGCACGGAUCAUUAGUGAAAGCGAUAUCGUUGCCAAUCGUGCAUCAGGUUAUGAGCUUGUCAACGGCAAAGUGAAGAACCAAGAAUGGGUAGCGCCAAGUCUGAAUAGCUUCGCUGAUGGUGCACUUUAUCUGAGUAUUUACGACAUGGUGAGGUAUGAAGUCGGAUUGAAUAGUAAUGCAAUAUUGAAGAAACAAACGAGUUUCGAUCAGAUGUGGACUGCUGUGAAGUUAAACGAUGGGACAACGUAUCCAUACGGUUUCGGAUGGAGUACAGAUGAAACCAUCAAUGGCUUGCGAGUUGUCAAACAUGGUGGAACAUGGCAAGGCUUUGAAACAUUUAUUGUUCGGGUAUUAAAUGCUAAUGUCACAGUCGUUGUUUUUGCCAAUCUUGACGAAGCAGAUCCGGAAACAAUGGCCACACACAUCCUGGAAAUGUACGAUCCACAAUUUGCCCUUAAGCCAAGUGUAGAUGGCGAAGAGGAGGGGGAAGAUGAUGACGAGGAAGAUGACGACGAGGAAGACGAAUAA